UGGACAGUGUGUCAUCAACGAACAGCAUCGGAAGGAACAAAGCAACCAACCUCAGGGAGUCAUCAUGAGUCGAAGCCCGGAAAGGAUCUCCUCGUACCGGCGCCACUUCGAGGGCGCUCUGGCUGCCUCCUCCUCCACCUCUCUCCAGGUGCGCGUCUCCAGCCCGUCUCCAACGCGCAGGGACAACCGCACUCGCUCGGCCAGCUCCACCAGCUACGGCCGCAACGGCACCAUGGGACGGAGAGCGAUGUCCGGCUCCCGCAGAAUGGCUGGUGGCGCUAGCAUGGGUAGCAUGGGUGCUCUGUGUGUUGGCAUGGGAGGUGUGGACCUGGAUGCCGCGGCCGCUGAGAACCAGGCCUUCAUGAGCACCCGCACCAGCGAGAGGCAGGAGAUGGUCACUCUCAAUGACCGUCUGGCCGUUUACAUUGAGAAGGUGCGCUCCCUGGAGUCCCAGAACAAGCUGCUUGAGGCAGAGAUUGAUGCUAUCCAGAACCGCUACACCAAGCCGUCUGGCCUGCGUAAGCUGUAUGAGGAGCAGCUGCGUGAGAUGAUGAGAGUGGCCGAGCAGAUGAGGAUGCAGAGGGAUCUGGCCUUUGCUGCUAAGGAUGCCAUGGCUGGUCAGCUGGAGAUGCUGAAGGUCAAGUAUGAGGAGGCUGUGGAGGCCAGGAAGAAGGUUGAGAUGGAUAUUGUAGCAUUCCGCCCGGAUGUUGAUGCUGCCACUGCUGCCCGCAUUGCCCUGGAGAAACAACUGGACAACCUGGAGCGUGAGCUGGAGUUCUUGCAGAGGCUUCAUAAGCAGGAAAUUGAAGAACUGAUGGCUCAGAUCUACGGUGGCAUGUCUAAAGUGGACGUGGAGUUCGCCCUGCCCGACCUGUCGGCUGCGCUCAAGGACAUCCAAGCACAAUACGACAGCAUCGCCGCCAAGAACCUACAGGAAAUGGAUUCUUGGUACAAGAACAAAUUCCAGGACAUGAAUCAAAAGUCAACAAGGCACGUGGAUAGAUCACGGAGCGUGAGAGAGGAGAUCACAGGGGCGAAGAGAGAUAUUGCAAACAAGGAACGUGACCUGGAGGCACUUAAGACUAGGAAUGAGGGAUUGGAGGCUCAGAUCCGUGAGGCCCAGGAACGCUACAAGAAGGAGGAGGAAGACCUCCUGGCCAGAAUUGAGGCUGUGAAACUGGAACUGCAGGGCAUCAAAUCAAAGAUUGCCAUGAUGUUGAAAGAAUACCAGGACCUGCUCAAUUUGAAGAUGUCCUUGGAAAUUGAGAUCACCACCUACAGGAAGUUGAUUGAGGGUGAGGACCUUCGUCUGGACACCAUGGUGCGGCAUGGUGGCAUGUCUCUGAUGGGCAGCGGCAUGGGUGGUGGCAUGGGAGGUGGCAUGGCUACCAUGGGCGCUGGGGGAAUGGGCAUGAGUGGUCGUGGGAUGAGUGCUGGCGGUGUUAUGAAUGGCAGUGCCAUGGGUAUGGGUAUGGGCGCCGUGAGUGGCAGCGCUAGUGGAAAAAGUGCCAGUGCCGGUGCCAUGAGUGCCAGCAUGGGCGCCGUUGGCAUGGGCACUGAUAUGGUUGGAGGCGCCGCUAUGGCAAGUGGUACAAGUUCAUCCAUGAGCGCCACCCAGACAGCGGGGUCCAUGGAGAUGGAAUCCAAGACCAUGUCCUCCACCAAUGGAGCGAUAUCCAUGUCUACCAACAGCAAGGCGGAGUUCUCCGAGGCGGUGGAGACGACCGAGAGGAAGACCCUCCUGAUCAGAACAGUUAAGACUGAUGAGGAUGAGAUUCUGAGCGACACACAGGAACGCACCUUCACAAUCUCUGGAGCAGCCGACGACCUGUAGGAAGAAGGAACACCCCCCCUCCCCCAAUGAAGCCUGCAUCCAUGACAACCCUCCUAUAUCCCCUACAUUCCUCCUCGGUGUCGGUUGGUUGGCUCCUUGCCACGACUAACCUGUAAACCUGCUUCAUUUCUCCUGUGGGUCCUCUCCUCCUAUGACACACCAUGCAAAGAAAAUAAUACAAUAAACAAACCUGCAAAUUA